GCUAUUUUCGCUCUAAAAGUCAAUUACAAAUGACAAGUAAAACUCGAACAGUUCUAUAUUACAAAUUUUCAUCUUCUAGGGUUUGAGGAAAAUGUUUUCGAGCAGUCAGUUCGACGCCAACUCAGCGUUCUCCGGCGGUGGAUUUAUGUCAUCUCAACUUCCCGAUUCCACCCCUUCGCCUAUAAAAAGUCGCGAUUCGGGGGGUGUGGUUCCUGUGACGGUGAAGCAGAUAAAUGAAGCUUCCCCUGCUAGCAACGAGAAAUCGAGUUUUGUGAUCAACGGUGUGGAUGUUACUAAUGUUACAUUGGUUGGGAUGGUGUUUGAUAAAGCAGAGAAAGUCACAGAUGUUGAUUUCAUUUUGGAUGAUGGAACAGGCCGCAUCAAAUGUAGAAGAUGGGUGAAUGAGUUUUUCGAUAAGAAGGAAAUGGGGGCAAUACAGGAUGGAAUGUACGUGCGUCUAAAUGGGCACUUAAAAAGCCAUCAGGGUGCAACAGAAUUAGCCCUUUUCUCUGCAAGGCUUGUGACGAAUUUUGAUGAGAUUGCUUUCCACUUCAUUGACUGCAUACAUUUCCAUUUGCAGAAUUCCAAAUUGCAGCAGCUAGGUGGUGGUGCAAGUCAAUCUCAAAAGGUAGAUCCAUCUCUAAACACUCCUGUGCAUAAUGGAUCAAAUGGAUAUCAGACAUCCCCAUCAAAUCAAUUUUCCAUGCAAUUCAGUGUUGAUGGACUCAAGGACCGUGAUCAAUUGGUCCUUGAGUAUCUGCAGCAAUCGUCUAGCUCUGGACAAGAGAAGGGGACACAUAGGGAUGAAAUUUCUCGACACCUGAAACUUCCUACAGAAAAGAUCAUGGAAUCUAUUAGAUCUCUUGAAGAUGAAGGGCUAAUAUACUCCACAGUCGAUGAAUUUCACUUCAAAGCAGCCUGAUGAGUUGAAUUCUGUCGUAACGUUGGUCGAUUUAAGCCCAAAUUCUCCUCGAAGACCGAUAGGUAAGCCAUGUGCUUACGUUUGUUUUACUAUCUGUUUUCCGCUCUUUCUAAUCUCUUUUGUUGGGCGUAAUUAGAAAUUGUGGUCACGUGACUGAAACGUUUGACGAUAUUUUUGAUGUGAAUAAUGUUGUAAUUUUCAAGAAACCAUAGGAAGGAUUUGAAUUUCUAGUGCA